AUGGGAUGUUCUGCCACCAAGCCCUCUGAGUCUGACAACAUGACUCUUCCACCAGCACCAGUUCAGAAGAAACUUUCGAAGAAAGAAGCAAAGAAACCAGCUGAAGGAUCUGAAGAGAAGAAUCAGCAAAAGGCAGAAGAAAAACCAGCUGAAGAACCGAAACCUACGCAAGAACCUAAUCGAGAUGAUAUACCUCCUGUUGAAGAAGAACCAGUUGUAAAAACCCGCGAAAUCCAAUUAGAGCCAGAACCUGAGCAGCAGCCACAGCAGGAAGAGCCUAAGGAAGAACAAAAGCCAGAGGAACAACCAAAGCAAGAAGAACAAAAGCCAGAGGAACAACCAAAGCAAGAAGAAGAAAAGCCACAAGAAACUUCAAACAAUGAUGCAGAAGCAAAGCAAGAAGAUGGAAAGCCAAGAGAGCACAAACCAAAGACUUUCAUUGACGAUCCAGCCUUAUUACUUUAG